UCUUGUGUUUUCUUUCCCUGCAAUAGUAAUAUAUUGGUUUCAAAUUAAUUUGGGAUUCUGUUCAAAUUUGAACAUUUUUCUCAGCACUGUUACGAAUUGCAUUUCAUGUCUAUAAUGUAAAAACUGUAGCAUAAUUUAUGUAUUUGAUACUUUUUUUAUAUGUUCACUUCCAGUGUUUCUCCGUAUGGUUCUUUUCCCCCCAGGCUUGCUUUUCUUGAUCACUGAGGAACUUGAAACACCACUGUCUUUAGUUAGAAGUGUUAAGUGCUUGCUGUCAGAAAGCAGACUGGAGUUUCUCCUGGUUGCAGAAAACGUUACCACGUUUGAACACACUUGGAGACAAUAAUCUUGAGGCAGUGCUUACAACAAGAGUGAGGUAAAGGUUUAUUCUGUGCAACCUCAGCUGAUUCAAAUUGAGAAUUUAUUCCCCCUCUUGCUGGUGUUUACAACUACUCUGUAAGCACUUCUGUCCCUCAGUCAUUUAAUUACUCAUUUUGUGCUGGCUCAAUUUCAGCUAAAAACGUCAUUUGGGACAGUAUCAGAAGCUCUGCUGAAGGCAGGACAGGGAGCUGCUGUCCAAUUAAUCCUCAUGCAAAGGAAGUUGGAAUGGCUCCACACAGCUGUUGUUAGCCCAGUGACCCACCUGCUUGGCUUUUCCAGUCACCGUCACCCCCUGGGAGGUGUCAGGACUCCAGAGGAUCCCAGACCCCCUGGCCUGUUCUGAAAGGACAGUUUUUGCUCCUUGCUGCUGAGGAGGAACCUCCUCGUUCGCCACCUUCUGAGCACUGAGUGUUAAAGGGUUUGGUUUCAGUUUGGCCCCUUCCUUCUGGUUCUGUCUUGUGUUGCACUGAAGCUCAGAGCUUUUAUAGUGUGUUAUUGUAUCUCACUGGCUAAAUAAAAGCCUAAAGCACUGCACCUUUAGCUGUGAGCAGCACAAUGGUACCAGUGUAAUAGUAGUUACUCUUUUUUUACUUGGCAACAAAUGCUUUUGGUAGAGCAGCACUGGAACCCAGUUAGUCUAAGGGUAGGUCAUUUAGGAAUCUUUGCAUGUGUUCUAACAGAAAAUCCUUUCAGACUACUAGCAGUUUUCUUCCUUUUGGAAAAGAAAAAAUUGAAUAUUCAGUUAGGAGUAGAUUAGGUUGUCUUCAGUUUUGAAAAUACCAGUACAUGACUGAUUCUGUUGAAUGCGAACUACUUAAUUAAAAAAUUCCUUUUUUUUCUGAGAAAUCAGAGCUGCUGCUUGAACACAGGGACGAGACAGCAGAGACCACUUGUUCAUUGGUAAUUAAACAUACUGAGAGAAUUUACAUGUUCUCUCUUGUUGAGGCCACAGUUCUAAAAGCACGACAUGAUCACAAUUUUCUUGCUAAGAGUGCUGAAUAUUCAAUUCAGGUUUUGGGCAUCUCAGGGAGAUAAUUCCAGCUGGAUAAAGCCACAUGCCUUGACUAAACCUAGUGAUGUUGUGCAGACUUUUCUUAGCUGAGGAUCUGGCCCUUCACAGUAUGAAUGUAUUCAAAAUUGUACUUUAUUAAUGCUACCCUGUUUCCUGUGUACCCCUACUGCUGUAUGUAAUUAAUUUUUUGCAUCAUUUAAUUUGCAGCUUGUUCGUAGAUUUCAGCAUAAAAAUAAUUUUCUUUUUAAGAUUAAAUGGGAACUUAUAUUGUGAGUUUAUUGCAUUCUGUAACUUAAAGGUUUACAUCCCUCAAAAGCCAUUUUGUCUGCUACCAACUGCUGUAAUCCUUUGAGUACCUCCAGCCAUCUUCUCUUUCUAGGAUUUUUAUAGUUAAACAGAAUGGAUUUUUAUUUUUGUAGCUUGUAACUUCAAAUAUGUAUAGCAGUUGUUUAGUAAUCAGUGAUCAGAAUACUGUAAAAAUGUUACCUUUAAGAGCUGUAACUUUAAAUUAGUAGUAACUACUUACAAGAAAAUACCAGCAUGUUAGCAGUUAAAAAAAAAAAAGUUAUUCUUUAGCUUCACAUACUGUGAUGCUGCAACUUGGGAUUUGCAUUGAAUGUGUUUACCCAUAUAUUCUGACAUUGCACUAAACAGGAAAAAUAUGAGCUUAGAGUGCAAUAGGUCAAAAAAUAGAAUUUAUAACAUCUUAGAUUUUUUCAUCUGAUAAAAGUAACAUUUGAGAUUCAGUAUUUUUUUGUUUCCCACCGAGCAGUGAGGGAGGAGUAGACUCUUGACAGAUCAGUUGUAUCCUUAUGGUGCAGUUUGAGAUCUGUAUUUAGUGCUCAAACAUAAACAGACACCGUCUGCAUCAUUCCUGCCUCUCUCCUCAGAGAACAGAAACUCAGAGCAAACCCCACUGCUGACAGCUGUACAGUAUGUGAGAUCUUACUUGCAAAGAAAGAACCAGCCACCAUAAUCUUGAACCUCCAAAAUAAACACUUAAAUCAAAAUUUUCCAAUUUUUCCUUGACAUCAACUGACAUUUUCAAAUCCCACACUGGUUUUCCUUUGGUUUUUAAAAGGAGGCAGGCUGAAAUGGGAGGAUGAGGAAGUAUUGCUGUAAAAAGUCUUUGUCAUAAAAGCUGGGAGGGCUGUUCUUUAUUUGCUGCAGAGGCACAGGGACUGUGAUUGUGUCUCAUAAACAUUUGUGACGUGUGCUCCAGUCAUGACAUGGGCUGAUGUGAGGUUUGAGAGCUUGGGGCAGGUUCUGUCUCUGAGAAGCUGCAGCUUCAGCAGAGCCACAGAACUGCCCCAUUCUGUGGUGUUACUCCACAUUAACACAAGGGAGACUGAAAACCUCAGUGAGUUGUACCAUGGCCUGUCCCUGUGACUUACACUCCCAGAAGGCUCUUUUGAGAAACAUCUGCUCCAUAUUCGUCAUAGAAGUUUGUAAAUACAGGUUUUUCACAGCACUGACUCUGUUACUGAAUUUCCUGUUGCAUCUUUUUGUUGUCUUGUUGUUUGUACUGUAUUUCUCUGUAGAUUUAAGUGUGUGGAUUAAAAUAUUUAAGCUCGGAUUCUUUUAUUCCUCACUAUGCAUAAAAGCAAAUAUGAUUUUUCAACUCUGUGACAACCCCUGUGACUGCCUGGCUUUGCAGCAGGAUGAGACCAGGGAUUUUAAAAACAAAGUUGCAUUUUGUUGAACUCCAUGGCUGUGUUCCUGCUGGAAAGUCGAGGUGUUUCAAACCCCAAUGCAUGGGAAAAAUUCUAGACAGUGUGGUAAUGUCAUUGGGAAGUAAAUCUAACACUGGUAACAUGCAGAGAUUUGUCUCAGCAGCUGCAGGUUCAUCCUUCACCCCUGGGGAGAAGAGCUGCUGGAGUGAGCUGUGCACAGCACCAGCUUGAGCCACACUUUAGCCCAAGGUUGUGUGAGGAGUCACAACACAGGAAAAUCCCUCACUGCAGAAAGGCAGCGGGCAAACUCUGCCUCUUCCCCUGUGCAUCUGUGGGCAAUGUGAGAACACGCUGGUAACCGCAAGCGGUUUGAGCCGGGAGCCCCGUUCCCGUGCCGUGGAGCAGGUCCAUCUGCGCUGCACCGAGGGCUCCCUGGAGUGGAUGUACCCGGCCCGAGCCCUGCGAGUGGUCCUGGAGCCCAACCUGUCCAGUGCCCGGCACACCACCGUCUGCAUCAAGCCCGCCAGCGACUUCCAGGGUGCCAACAUCUACGUGGAGCGCGCUGGGCAGCUGCACCUGGUGCUGAGCGAGGCCGAAGGGGCUCGGCCCCACCACGUGUCCUGCUUCAGUGCCCACAGGCCGCAGCGAGUGGCCCUGUUCCUGCAGGCCAGCCCGCAGAGGGACAUCAGCCGCCGCACCGCCAGCUUCCAGUACGAGCUGCUGAGCAACCAGAGCACGGCCGGCCCCGACUUCAAAAAGAUGGCCCUGGUGGAAGCUAUGUGCCGUCCUUGUGACAACGUGGAACUUCUUAUGGCCAUUUGCAGCAGUGAUUUUGUGGUGAAGGGAUCCAUCCGAAAUAUCUCCCACGACUCGGAGAACCACAUGUCCCAGGUGGAUGUCAGCGUCCAGAGAGUCUACAGGCAGAAGAACAGGAUUUUCCAGCAGGAUGAAGGGAGUGGGGAGUGGAGAGGCCCCAUCCGAACCCUGCUGCAGUGCAAGGUGAAGAAGGGAGGUGGAGAUUUCCUCUUCACUGGGAAUGAACACUUUGGGGAAGCCUGGCUGGGCUGUGCCCCUCGCUUUAAGGAUUUCAUGUUUGUUUAUCGAGCUGCCAGAGAAAGAGGAGCCAACCCCUGCGAGUUUGAGCUCAACUGACAAAGAGAGACACUGUUGUUGAGAGCUCAGUUUUCAGAUACUGAACCUGGAGCAGAGUUAAAACCCAGGACUAAAGCUGACAAUUCCACCCAAACUGGGAGCUGGAGAAUUCCCUGAGGAUAAUGGCUCUGUGAGCCCUGUGAACUCUUUUAACUCUCAUUAGUUUCUUCUUCUUCACAUUGUCCUUGUCUCACAAAAUAACUCUGGAUUUUGAAAAGAUUGUCUUUUUUGGGGGGUUAGAAAGCAGCAGCUUGUGCCCAGGAUUACAAAAUUCUAAUAUGUUUAGCUCUGUCUACAUGCAAUGUGCUUUUUCUCCAGAUAUUUUUCUCCUCCCCAAUCUCUGCUUGAUUUCUUUUCCUUUACAGAUGAAUGUGGAAACUCUCUCUAAGCUAGGGGGGUAGGAAACUACCCUUGAGGG